CGGGCACCUGGAGCAGAACCUGGGCGCUGCUGCCUGCUGGCCAGAUGCCCAUCCUCAUGAUGCCAGGUGGUGCCCUGCAUCACACUUUCAGCAUGACCCUUAAAGGGCGUUCAAGAAUCUGAGCCUUCCUGCACACCGCACGCACUGUUGGCUUUUCCAGUAUUCCAGCUCAUAGACCAACCCCUUCCUCCCACGCCUGGGAAGUGGAGGAGCCGGGGUGGGAAGCCCAGCCCUUCCUACUCAGGCUUUCCUGGCCCUUGGACUAGCCGGAGAAAAAGAACCAAGUGGCCUUGCUUCAGUACUCCUGGUACAGCUCCUAACUCACCUGAAGGCACUCCUCCCCAAAUACCAUCUUUAAUAGGGGCCACAGCUGCCCUCUCCCAAACCCUCAGCUCCUCCACUGUAGGUGUCCUACUUGCCAUGACAGUGAAAUCAUAAGGUCCUCUAAGGCCCCCACCCAUGUGUCAACUGCCGAUUUGUCUCACAGAGUGUGUGCACUGACCGGCGCCAUCGCCCCCAACGUGAGUCAGUGGUCCUUGGAAGGAUCAGAAGUGGGGUGUAAAAAUGUCUGAAUCCCAACCCCAUUUCAAGCCUCCCGGGAUGCAAGGGGCAAAGGGUACCUCCGCCAGUGCAGAGAGUCUGCACUUCUGUGAUCAGAGCCUUCAGCUGGCCUGGGCAGCGUUAUUUUUGAACAAAGGUGGUAAGAAGGGGCUGAGGGCAAUGGUGCAGCAAGAGGGCAGUGCCCCUGAGAGAUGGUCUCUUCCUCUACUGGCUCUCCUUCAGUGCCACUUGACUGGAACCCUGGUGGGUAUGGUCUGUGCACAGGGACCGAUCCAGAAGUUAACUUACCCCAAGACACCUCCUAUGGCCCCAACCCCGCAGAGAAACUGAACCUCCAUCUCCUCCAAGAUCAGCAUAGGCCAGUGCUCCGUAGCCCUGGCUCCUGGGAUUACCUGGGAAGGCAGAGAACAGAGCCACUCCUGGUGGGAAGAGGAGACACCAUUCCGAGUGGGGAGUGGCAGAGGCCGGAAGGGGGUGCCACUGUAAGGGUGGCCCGGCUCAGUGGCCCACUCACCUCUAGGACUGCAGACGCCACCAGCGCGGUCACCACAGACGUGGCUCCACGCACACUCGCCUCACGUCGCCGCUUUCUCGGCCGGCCGGCAGCUCAGACCAGUAGAGACGCCACCCCACCCCCGCCCCUGCAAAAGCCCAGUCCCAGGACACGGGGUGGGGUGAGGCGGAGGCCGCCUCUCCUGGAUUUCCCCACUCACACUCCACUCCCACCGCCCGGCGUCCAGCUCCGGGGCGCGCAAGGGUUAACCUCGCAGGGGUGGGGACUUCGGCUCGAUCCGCGCUGGGAGGGAGGGGAGAGGACAGGAGAGGAGGCGACGGGAGGCGCAGGGGUCAAGCCUCAGAGUCUGUCGGAGGCUCGGGUGUCUCAGGCCACCGGGCAGCCACUGGGGCACACGGUGCGGACCCCCUGCCCCAAACUUCAAGUCGGGAGUGGGGGGAAAGACGCUGGGCAUCAAGACGGGUGGUCGCCUGUCAGGAUGCCGCCCCCCUCUCCGGGGGCCGCUACGUCUACCCCUCCUCUGCCGUCCCAGCCCCUGCUCCGGACACUUUACUGCUUUGGGUCUGGGAUGAAGCCCGGAGGCCCCACGACGACCCCGGAGUUCGAGUCGGCCGACAUGGCCCUGGGUCCGCCGCGGCCCUGGGCCUGCCCGGCUGAUGUGCGGCUCUGCGGCCACCUGCGGAAGCAGAAGUCCCAGCGCCGCCGCUUCUUUGUGCUCCGCGCCUACCCGCAGCGCCUCGAGUGUUACGAGAGCGAGAAGAAGUUCCGCGCCGGCCGAGCGCCGCCCAAGUUCAGCGUGAGCCUGGAGGGCGCGUGCACCAUCAGUAAGCGCGUGGACGCGCGUCAGCGACACCUGAUCGUCCUGUACACGCGCGACCGCAGCCUGGGCGUGGCGGCGGCCAGCGAGGCGGAGCAGCAGGCGUGGUACAGCGCCCUGCUCCAGGCGCGCGCCGCCGCCGCAGGUCCCGACUCCCACGAAGACCCCGGGGCCUGCAUCCUCGCUCCGUUUCAGGACGUCUGGCCCGUGACGCUGCGGCCCAAGGGACUCGGGCGGGCACGAGGCCUGGGCAGCGGCGACUACUGCCUGUGCCUGGGUUCCGGGGUACUGAGCCUGCUGCGGAAGCCCGGGGGCAGAAGCUCCAGGGCCUCCCGGCCAUCUCCGCCGCCGGCCCUGCGCUUGUCCCUGCUCAGCGUGCGCCGCUGUGGCCAUGCCGACGCUUUCUUCUUCCUGGAGCUUGGCCGCUCAGCACCCACGGGUCCCGGGGAGCUGUGGCUACAGGCGCCCGACGCCGUCGUGGCCCAAAGCAUUCACGAGACUGUCCUGGCCGCCAUGAAACGAAUCGGGGACAGUGGUGCCGGUGGCAGGGCUGAGCCACUGCCAAGAAAGCCCCCGACGAGUGCCUCCACACCCUCUGUCCCUCAAUCUUAUGAGACCCCAGCCUCUGUGGCCCAAUCAAGCGGCCUGUACCGUCCGGGGCGCCUGAGUGAGAGAAGCGAGCAAGCAACUCUCAAGACCCUGGCCAGGCAGGGGGCAGCAGCCUCACACCCCGAGGGGUUGGAGCUGGGCGGGGUCUACAUAACCAAGGGAGCCAGGAGUGACUACGAGCCCAUGGGGGGCGGCCAAACCAGUGGCUACGUGGUGAUGGCAACCCCGGGCGUUCCUGCCUCAGCCAAAGCCACUUCCCACCAGCUGCUCCAGGAUGGAGGGGUCACUGAAUAUGUGUCCAUGAGCCUCUGUGCACCACGGUCCUUUUCCUCGAGCUUCUUGCCUCUUUCCUACAGGCCUGGGGCUGGGGAGCCUGGACCCGGGCUCCAAGGUCCUCAUCUAGGCGUGGGAGACGACUGGGGACCCGCAGGGGCUCAGCGCUGCUUGCAGCCGCCGUCAGAGUUAGCCGGGGAGUACGUGUGCAUUGAGUACGCGGCUGCCGACUACAUAGGAAUGGGCACUGACAUCCCCGAACCCCCUGACAGCGGCCUCAACUACGUAGACCUGGACCUGGUCCCUCCCCUGGAGGUGCGAGGCGACGCCCCCGGGGCCAGGCACCGCCGACACAGCUACGCACACAUCGAGUUCCAGAACCUCGGGGAGGCCCCGGUGAGGAGACCCCCGUGGCCCCUGGGUAUAGCUGAUGGAUGGAGAGACAGACGGGAAUGGACGAAGAAAAAAGGGCAAAGUUAAGAAUGCCUUCCUGCCCACCCCGCUGAACCCCACAAUCCCCUUCCGCCCGAUGGAGAGGCUCUACAGCCCAGAUGUCCCCUAGGACGUGUGACCAGCAGAAGCGCUGAGCUGCCCCUUAGGACGGGCUGCCUAAGGGCUCUGCCCCUUCCAACUGUGGCGCCUGGGAAGUCUUCGGGAGGAGGUUCCCCAAGAAGUUGGAUUCUUUUAAGGGAGAAAAUUCUAGAACUCUUCCCCCCUUAAAACAAAACCCCUACAAAUUUCUGGACCUUCUCAGCCAAAGCCCUGACCCUCUGUUUCCCCACAGAGUUCCUGCAGCAUCGCUCCAGAGUCUCAAGUAAGCUUUGGCCCCACACCCUGCC